GAAGAAUCUAAAGAUGAAGAGGAACAGAUGGACGUUAAUAAGCAUGGUGGGCAGCAGACAGGAAAAAAUCAAAUCAACAUACGUCCCACCCGAGUUCUUCAAACUUAUAGGACCAAGUAAAACUGGGAAAUCUGGACUCUUGUUUGAAUGCCGCAUGAAAAACUGCCCACGUCAACGCACCUUCCGAGCCUUACGGCCAAUCUUCAUGCCAAAAAAUUAUCUUUCAAAUCUUCGUAGGCACAUCAAGAAUUAUCAUGGUGAGGAUCUUGGAGUUGAAAUGCUGAGUUUUAACAAAGCAGUGGAGGCUGGAAGACAAUCCAACAAAAAGCAGUCUACUCUGGAUGUACACUUUGUGGUCAAGAACACUAAAAGGAAGGUCAACAAGCAGCCUAUCACACAAAAGGAAUUGGACCACAAUGUGCUGGUAAAUUGCAAUUUGAUAAGUCUUUAUUUGCCAUGCUAAAGUGUAAUUUAUUUAUUUGCUAUUCUAGAAUUAUAUUGUUGUUGACAUGCGGCCAUUUUCUUCGAUCCACAACGCUGGUUUAAGAAGUUUGCUGCUGCCGCUGAUCGACAACCUAGAGAUCAGAAGUCCAAAAUUUUAUCGAC